AUGGCAACCCACGAGCCUCACGAGUCCAAGGGGAGCAGCUUGUCUGAGAGGCUCAAGCAUCCCUUCCACGAGCUGAAGGAGAAGCUCGAGCACACCUCGCUGCACGACACCAAGGUCGGCCUGAUUCAUAAGAAACAUCAGAUCGGCAAGUUUGCAAACCUGUUCAAUCCCCAGCACAGGCACGAUGAGGAGCACGAGAAGGCCUGCGAUGACAAGCGGACAAAGAUCUGCGAGUCGCAUCGCUUCCAGUCCUUCUUUCCCGAGCGCGAUGGCAACAUGAUCAAGUGGUACGUCGACGGCCGCGACUACUUCUGGGCCGUGUCCGUCGCAAUGGAGAAGGCGAAAGAGACCAUCUACAUCGCCGAUUGGUGGCUGUCACCCGAGCUCUUCCUGCGUCGGCCGCCCUACUACAACCAGGAAUGGCGGCUGGACCAGGUGAUCAAGCGCGCGGCCGAGAGAGGCGUCAAGGUCUACGUCUGCGUCUACCGCGAGGUCGAGGCGGCCCUGACAUGUAAUUCCGAGCACACGAAGCACGCCCUGCAGGCGCUGUGUCCCGAAGGGUCCAAGGGCUACGGCAACAUCAGGAUCAUGCGCCACCCGGACCACAACGUGCUCGAGAACGCCGCCGACAUGACCUUCUACUGGGCCCACCACGAGAAGUUCGUCGUCAUCGACUAUGAGAUGGCCUUCAUCGGCGGCCUCGACAUGUGCUUCGGCCGCUGGGACGCCCACCAGCACCUGCUCUCCGACGUCCACCCGGAGGGCGUCGCCAACGAGGUCUGGCCGGGCCAGGACUUCAACAACAACCGCGUCAUGGACUUCAAGAACGUGCAGGACUGGAAGCAGAACGAGCUGAGCAAGGCCGAGUACGGCCGCAUGCCCUGGCACGACGUGGCCAUGGGCAUCGUCGGCCCUUGUGUGUACGACAUCGCCGAGCACUUCGUCCUGCGCUGGAACUUUGUCAAGCGCGACAAGUACAAGCGCGACGAGCGCUUCGACUGGCUCGAGCUGCGCGGCCGUCAGGGCGAUGACGAGGACCUGGUCGGCGUCCAGCGGCCCAAGCACCCCGUCGGCGACUACGUCGUCCACCCGCUCUCCCCACUCGAGACCAAGAACCUCGACGACCGCGGCACCGUCCACGCGCAGCUGGUGCGCUCGAGCGCUGACUGGUCGAGCGGCAUCCUGACGGACAAGUCGAUCCAGAACGCCUACUCGGACAUCAUCCGCAACGCGCAGCACUACGUCUACAUCGAGAACCAGUUCUUCAUCACCGCCACCGGCGACCAGCAAUCGCCCAUCCACAACACCAUCGGCCGCGCCAUCGUCGACGCCGUCGUCCGCGCUGGCAAGGAGAAGCGCAAGUUCCGCGUCAUCAUCCUCAUCCCUGCCAUCCCGGGCUUCGCCGGCGACCUGCGCGACGACGCCGCCACCGGCACCCGCGCCAUCAUGGACUACCAGUACAAGAGUAUCUGCCGCGGGCCCCACUCCAUCUUCGAGCAGAUCAAGGCCGAGGGCGUCGACCCGACGGACCACAUCUUCUUCUUCAACCUGCGCAGCUACGACCGCCUCAACAAGACGCCGGCCAUUAAGAAGCAGGAGGAAGAGUCGGGUGUCAAGUACCAGGAGGUGCAGCGCGCCGAGGCCGAGGAGAUCAUGGGCGAGGGCAUCCACGGCACCGUCGACCCCUCCGACGGCCGCGACGAGCACAUGGGCGAGAAGAAGGAGCAGGCCAACGCGCAGGAGAAGAAGGAUUUUAAGAAGGAGGAGCAGAAGUCCGACGCAGACGAGGAGGCCAUCGACGCCAAGCGGCGCUUCGAGGCCGCGGGCCAGGGCAAGAACGAGGGCGAGGGAGAGGACGGACCCUCGACGGCAUUCAGCGUCGCGCACCACGCCAUGGCCGACACGGGCCCCCUGUCCGAGGAGCACUGGGAGGGCGACCCCAAGGACGAGGUGGCCAACUGGAUCCAGGAAGAGCUGUACAUCCACGCCAAGCUGCUCAUCGUCGACGACCGCAUCGUCGUCUGCGGAAGCAGCAACCUCAACGACCGGAGCCAGGAGGGCGGGCACGACUCGGAGCUCAGCAUCGUCAUGGAGGACAUCAGGCUCAUCAAGUCGACCAUGGACGGGCAGCCGUUCGAAGCCGGGUACCACGCCGCCACGCUGCGGCGGUACCUAUGGCGCGAGCACCUGGGCCUGCUGCCCCCGCAGGACCUGGACGCCUCCGAGGACCCCAACGCGCAGCCGCCGGGCGACGACUCGCCCAACAAUGUGCUGGAUCAGGAGGACAGCUACAAGUUUGUCGAGGACCCCAUGUCGGACGAGGUGUGGAAGAGGUGGACGGAGCAGGCGACAACCAACACGGAGCUGUUUAGGCGGCUGUUUAGGGCGGAUCCAGAUGACCAUGUGAAAACCUUCGAUGACUACAACAUGUUCCUGCCCCCCAAGGGCGUCAAGUCGGGCCACAUCUACGACAAGUUCAUGCCGGCCGACGAGGUCCGGAGGUAUCUCGACCAGAUCAAGGGCCACCUCGUGUGGAUGCCGCUGGACUUUUUGAAGGAUGCCGAGAUGGCGGAGAAGGGUCUGCAGGUCAACGCCUGGACGGAGAGCGUGUACACGUGA